AUUAGGUUUUAGCYAUUUAGCCAUUUAGGUUAGGAGCCUCACUGACUCACUGUUAUCUCUUACGUAUARGGUUUGCAAAAUUGAAGACGAGGAUGGACAUCGGUCGCCAACACAGGCAUGUAGUAAUGCUUCCAUUCAUGGCACAGGGCCAUAUGAUACCAUUCUUAGCAUUGGCCAGGCAAAUUGAGCAACGAACAGGCUACGCCAUAACCAUCGCCACCACUCCCAUCAACGCCGCUUACCUCCGAUCGACCAUCUCCUCCUCCACUACCCCUACAACCAUUCGUGUUGCCGAGCUGCCCUUUUGCAGCACCGACCAUGGUCUACCACCCAACACCGAAAACACAGAAGCCUUGCCAAACCAUCACAUUAUAACCCUCUUCCGUGCCUCACAAACCCUUGAGCCUUCCUUCUACAACCUUGUCUCCACCAUCACCCAGCAAGACGGCCAGCCUCCACUGUGCAUCAUCGCCGACGUCUUCCUUGGAUGGUCAGUUAACGUUGCCAAGCGCGUCGGAUCAUUCCAUGCCGUUUUUACCACCAGUGGAGGCUACGGCACGGCCGCAUACUUCUCUUUGUGGUUGAACCUCCCACACCGCCACACGGACUCCGAUGAAUUCACCGUACCGGGCUUCCCUGAAACAUGCCGUUUCCAUCGCUCACAGCUUCAUCCAAAACUGAGAUCCGCCGAUGGUACUGACCCCUGUUCUGUUGUUUACCAGAGAGAGAUACGACUCUCUUUGGGUUCAAAUGGCUUCUUGUGCAACACAGCCGAGGAGAUGGAGAAAUUUGGGUUGGAAAUAUUGAGAAGAUUUACGGGAGUUCCAGUUUGGUCUAUUGGACCUUUACUACCUCCAGCAUUUCUUCUUAACCUUCCCUCUCCUACUGAUUCCAAUUUAUCCUCUUUACGCUCGGGAAAGCAACCCGGCAUCACACCGGAGAAUUGCAUCAAGUGGUUGGAUUAUCAUCCACCUGGUUCGGUUCUAUACAUUUCGUUUGGAUCCCAAAACACUAUCAAUACUACCCAAAUGAUGGAACUAGCUAUGGGUGUCGAGGCAAGCGGGAAGGCUUUCAUCUGGGUUGUUAGGCCACCUGUUGGGUUUGAUAUAAACGGUGAGUUUAAGGCGGAAUGGUUGCCGGAAGGAUUCGAAGAACGUGUAACUGAGAGCAGACGAGGCCUUGUWGUGCGUACAUGGGCACCUCAGCUAGAGAUUCUGUCGCAUAAAUCGACAGGAGCAUUUCUUAGCCACUGUGGAUGGAAUUCCAGUUUGGAGAGCUUGAGUCAAGGCGUGCCGAUUAUAGGGUGGCCAUUGGUUGCAGAGCAAACUUAUAAUUCGAAGAUGUUGGAAGAGGAGAUGGGUGUUUGCGUGGAAUUGGCAAGGGGACUGGACGGUAGGAUCUUGAGUGGGGAGGUGGAGAGAGUAAUUAAAUUGGUGAUGGAUGUGGGAGAAAAAGGGAAGGAGAUGAAGAUGAAGGCGAGUGAAGCUGCAAGAAAGAUAAGAGCUGCAGUGAAAAAAGAAGGAGAUCAGUUGGGGUUUUCGGUUAAGGCACUUGACAGUUUUUUAGAGAUUGCUUUGUCGCAGAGAGGAAGCUCUAGUUUAAAUGAAGCAAAUGGAUAUCCUUCUUAAGAGAAAUGAAAAUGGUGGAGGGUGUGAUUGGGAAAGCAGAUCAGGUGGUGGAGAAGAGAUCUAUAGCAGUUGCAGAGAAAACAGUUUGAGUAACAUCUCUCUCUGAAGCCCCGAGUGCGGUAAGACUGGGAGACCUCGAAGCUCGAGUUCAUUUCCCAACGCAACAGGCCACAAUCUUAUUGAUUCAACGAAGGACCUCUCUCUGCGUCAUUGGAUUUUCUUUGUUCCGAAACAGCCUCCUCGUCUCAGAUCUCUCAACGACACAAACUCCUCCCACCGGUGGUCGAUCGCUCAGACUGCUGCAGAGUAUGACCGAUGUAGAGAGAAUUUUAUGAAGGAGCUGGAUUUUGUCUUAGCUGAUGUGUUUAUGGCCAUAAUUGCAGAUUUUAUGCUUGCUGUCUUCCUGCUCCCACAGUAUCUCUUCAGCCACCUCUUGCAGUCAAUGCUGGAUCUAUUGCUAAGUUCUUCCACACUGUCCUGAUAAUGCCUUUCAGUUUACUGUUUAUUUAUACAGAUAUCAUUGAAUUAUAAUUUUUUUUGGGUGGGGGGAGUAGGUCAUUGAAUUUUAGUAGCUGUUUCUGCAUACAGUUACUUGAUAUUUGGAAUCAUGUCUGCAGGUUGCAUUGGCUGGAACAUCCUAUUCAUUUUUACAGAGAAUAGGAGCCAUAGUGCGUAAUGGAGCCAAGCCUUUUGCAGUUGGAACCGGCGCAUUUCUGGUUGGUACAGGUGUAACGAAUGCCUUGAUUAAUGCAAGAAAGGCUGUUGACAAGUCUUUUGCUGGUGAAGCUGAGGAAGUCCCUUAUCAACCAGUGUUGCCUAUGGUGUUUAUAUGGCCGUUUCUAGCAACCUUAGGAUGCUGCAGUUAUAAAUCAAUGGAGGUUCUCCAAGCUGCAAGAGUACAAAGAUAGAAACAUUGAAACUGAGGAUAAUCUGAAAUCCUACUUGGAGUUUUUAUUUUUUGUAAAGAAAGUCUUUUGAAUGGAACAUGAUAUUUUUUAGAAUAAAUGGACGAAAUUUGUAUUUUUGAGAAUGAAUGAAUGAAUUAAUGGAAUUUGCAUUUUG